GGGGAAUUCAGGUCGGACCGGAAGAGAAACGGCGACAACCGAAACAGAGCUAACAAAAGAUGGCAGCAAUCAGGAAGAAGCUGGUGAUAGUGGGAGACGGCGCGUGUGGGAAGACCUGCCUGCUGAUCGUCUUCAGUAAAGACCAGUUCCCAGAGGUCUAUGUGCCCACUGUGUUCGAGAACUAUGUGGCCGACAUCGAGGUCGAUGGCAAACAGGUGGAGUUAGCGUUAUGGGACACAGCAGGACAGGAGGACUAUGACCGACUGAGGCCUCUCUCCUACCCCGACACCGACGUUAUACUCAUGUGCUUCUCUGUAGACAGCCCCGACAGCUUAGAGAACAUUCCAGAGAAGUGGACUCCGGAGGUGAAACACUUCUGUCCUAAUGUUCCCAUCAUCCUCGUGGGCAACAAGAAGGACCUGAGGAACGAUGAACACACACGCAGGGAGCUGGCCAAGAUGAAACAGGAGCCAGUGAAGUCGGAGGAGGGCAGAGACAUGGCUAACAGGAUCAGUGCAUACGGCUACCAGGAAUGUUCAGCCAAGACCAAGGACGGAGUCAGGGAGGUGUUCGAGAUGGCCACCAGGGCGGCGCUACAGGCCAAGAAACGUGCCAAGAAGAAUGCCUGCACACUGUUAUAGGCCCCAGGGAGAAGUUGCCCCUGGACACUGAUCUAGGACCAGUUUUUCCCUCCCAAAAUAUAAUUGUAAUCAUUAAAGGGAUAGUGUGACGUUUUGGCAAUGACUGGAAGUCUAUGAUAGGGUUCCUCAACUGGCGUCCCGAUUUUAUUUGGCCCCCGGAAGUUAUUUUAUUGCUGGACAUAAAGACUGUGAAAAAUUCUGAAAAUCAGCUCCAAGUGAUUUUGAUUUUGGAAAUCUGUUCCAAAGUAUUCUCACUCAUAAUAGAGAGAUAGAUGUGAUCAUAUACAAAUGUAAGCAAGGUUUGAAAUGAUAAUGUUUUAGUCAAUGUAUAUGUCUGUUUGGGCGUCUUGCGGUCAAUUUGCAGUCUACAAAUUAUGUGUGAUUAUGUUCCUGACCAUCCGCUCAAGAAAUAAUCAUCCUGCGGCUGAAUCUAGUUGAUGAUCCCUGUUCUAUGGGAUCAGCUAGCGUUAGCGCAAUCAGCUAGCUGAUACCAUAGACUUCCAGUCAUUACGCUAACGCUAGUUAUCAAAGGCUCACAAAACUUACUUCAACUUCCUUUAAACUACACUGGGGGCAUGAUAUUUUUUUAUCCACGAGUUCAUCUGACUCUGGGUAAGUAGUUAAAGGGCUUUAUUGCCAAAAUGGUGCACCAUCCCUUUGAGGGGUAGGCUUAAAACUGGUCUCAGAUCUGUGCCUGUGGGCAACGUACCAUAUUGGUACCAUAGAGGUAGUAGGGUGUAUUUUGGGUACUGGUGAUUGGGGAGGUGAGGGGAGAACCACAGAAAGCACUAGAUCUGAAAGAAUUGGAUAGGUAUCAACAGUAAAUCAAACGUUUAUUUGUCAUAUGUGGUCCUCUGGUCCUCUGGUCCCCUGGUCCUCUGGUCCCCUGGUCCCCUGGU